UACUGAUAAUUUAUAAUAACAAACCUCAAUAUUUUUAUUCUCACCGCAUGUGGAUUUUAAAAACGUAAACAGCAAAGGCAAAGACCUAGAAUAUAGAUUAUUGAUUAGAUCUAGAUCUACUCAUAUAUUCUAGAUCUAUAUUCGAUACAAAAAUGCAAAGAAUUGUAAAGCCUAAAACGCAACAGGGUCGAAGAGCUCUUGAAAAGAAAGAGCCCAAAAUUAUAGAGAACACAAAGAACACAUUAUUUUUCAAAGGUGGCAAUACCAGUAACAUAGUGACACAGGUCUUGAAAGAAUGGCACCUCUUAAAGAAACCCUAUGCCACAAUGUUUAGCAAAAAAAAUACCACAAGACCAUUUGAAGACCAGAGUUCAGUGGAGUUUUUCACAUCCAAGGCAGAUAGUUCACUGUUUAUGUUUGGAAGUCAUUCCAAGAAAAGACCAAACAACAUUGUGAUAGGCAGACUUUUUGAUGGUCAGGUCCUAGACAUGGUGGAAUUUGGUGUUGAUAAAUUUAUUUCUUUGCACGAAAUAGUUGGCCCAAAAUCAGCCACUGGAAUUAAACCCUGUCUAGUUUUCUCUGGUGAAUUUUUUGAAGAAAAUGAUGAAAACAAAAGAAUAAAAAAUCUACUGAUAGACUUCUUCCGUGGUGCCAAUGCUGAAAAGAUUUCCUUGAAUGGACUGGAGCAUGUUAUCAGUGUGACUGCUGUCAGUGGACAAAUUUAUAUCAGAAACUACAGAGUGCUAAAAAAAAAAUCUGGAACAAGAAUUCCAAGGGUAGAACUUGAAGACAUGGGUCCAUCUUUGAAUCUCUCCAUCAGACGAACAAGGCUUGCUUCAGAUGAUCUAUUUAAAAGAGCUUUGAAAAAGGCAGAACUUGCCAAGGCCAAAAAGAAGAAGAAUAUUUCUCGUGAUGACCUUGGCAACAAACUUGGUAGGAUACACAUGAGUACUCAAAAUUUUGGUAAACUUCAGGCUCGUAAACUCAAAGGCUUGAAAAGGAAACCCACCAAGUCAGCAGACAAAGAUGAUCUUGCAGAGAACAGUUCAAAGAAACAAAAAGUUGAUGAAGAAAUGUCAGAAUCCUAGUUGAGUGCUGGGUGAUAGAUGUGUAAAUGUAUUGUGUACAAGUAGUGUGUGGCAUGUUUGGAUGAAACAUGUUAUGUGGUUGCCCUGUAUUAUAGAAAAAAAAUAUUAAAAACAUAGUUGAUU